GCCGAUCUGUCAUCCUUCUCAUAAUGCGCUCGCGGUGUUGUCGGCAUACGUAACAAUUUACAAUAAAUUAUUAAUUAAGAUAAUGACCACUAAAAGUUUAAAUUCGCUUUACGUGGAAAUACUACAUCGCGGACUGCGGAAAUGAAACUACUGUACAAAAAUGUCGACAAAGAAGGUGAAGGGACUGUUGGUCUCAUUGCGGAGGAACCUGAGGAUAUGUGGCACGCUUACAACCUCAUAUCGGAAGGCGAUUCCGUUCGGAGCACUACCAUACGGAAGGUCCAAUCAGAAACGGCGACAGGCUCUUCUACUUCAAACCGCGUCAGAACGACCUUAACUAUUUGCGUAGAAAACAUAGACUUUGAUACUCAAGCGUGCGUGUUACGUCUCAAAGGCAGAAAUGUGGAAGAGAAUCAAUAUGUCAAGAUGGGUGCGUAUCAUACACUGGACUUGGAGCUAAACCGUAAAUUCUCCCUAAAGAAACACGAGUGGGACUCGAUCGCAUUGGAAAGGAUAGACGUUGCGUGCGAUCCCGUACAAACUGCCGAUGUGGCGGCUGUAAUAAUGCAGGAAGGUUUAGCUCACGUCUGCUUGAUAACGUCAAGUAUGACAUUGAUCCGUGCGAAAAUUGACGUAACAAUUCCUAGAAAGCGCAAAGGUUUUGUGCAGCAGCACGAAAAGGGUCUCGCUAAAUUUUAUGACAAUGUCAUGCAAGCUAUAUUACGUCACAUCAACUUUGAUAUUGUAAAGUGUAUUUUAAUAGCAUCCCCUGGUUUCGUACGGGAUCAGUUUUAUGAGUAUAUGUUUCAAAUGGCAAUUAAAACCGAUAAUAAAGUACUCUUAGAUAAUAAAUCAAAAUUUAUGCUUGUGCAUGCCUCGUCCGGAUUCAAACAUUCACUAAAAGAAGUACUGCAGGACUCGGCGGUGGUCAAUAAAAUUUCGGAUACGAAGGCGGCCGGCGAGGUGAAAGCCUUGGAGGGCUUCUACACCAUGCUACAAUGCGAACCGGCCAAAGCGUUCUACGGGAAACGACAUUGCGAGAAAGCGAGCGAAGCUCAAGCAAUCGAAACGUUACUUAUUUCUGACAAUUUAUUUCGAUGCGCCAAUGUCGCUUUAAGAAAACAAUACGUUAAAUUAGUCGAUAGCGUCCGCGAGGCCGGCGGCGAAGUAAAAAUAUUUUCAAGCAUGCACAUAUCUGGGGAACAGCUAGAUAAUUUAACAGGCGUGGCUGCAAUACUCAGAUUUCCAAUGCCUGAAUUGGAAGAUGAAGAAAGUGACGACGAAAAUUGAAUAUUUAUUGUAAAUCGCCUUAUUUAAAAUGGUUCGUUGUAGUUGCAUUGUAAAUUAUUCUUUUUGUUUAAAUUUAGUCCAAUUUUAAAGUGUAGAAGAACGUGUUUUCUACUGUUUAUAAAUGACAAAUGUUAGUCUUUUGUAAACCGCCAAAUAAACUACGGAAAUUUUUA